CCCUAAUGAGGUUCUCCAUCGGCCAAAUAAGGGAAGUUCAUGCAUAUAAUUGUCUUUGAUUAUGAUAACACAUAAAUUGGUAUUAUUUAUUCCUCUUAUCUCGAUUCCUUUUGAGUCAUUUAAUGGGCAUAUUGAUUGAUACAUCGUCAAAUAUACCCAUAUUUUGUUCCUCGAAGAAUAUAUCGUUGUAUUAGGGUGUAUUAGAUGAUAUGUACGAAUUUGAUACCAAAAGUGCACAAGUGUAGCAAGAAUGAGGCAAAAGCUGAAGAUCACGGUUUGGACAAGGACAAUAACGAUCAAGAUUGGAGCACACAAAGAGAGAGCUAAGAUCACGGCCUCCAACCCCAAGAUCGCGACCGAGAUCUUCGGAGCAUUGGGCGUGAACUUGGAGGGGCAGCCAAUGAGGGAGAAACAGAAGGUUUCGGUAAUCGACUCACAACCACUUUCUUCCGAGCCCGCGAGAUACAUUGAGGUCGUAACAUCAAGGAUCGUGGCCGAGAUGUCAGGCCGCGAUCCUCCAAGUCUUCAACGUGUAAAGGUUCUGGCCUAAGAUCACGGCCUCGCCUCAUAAGUUCACGAUUGCGAAAUUCUGUCCCUUGCCUUUGAACUUCCCCGAAAUCUAGAAAUUCUAUAAAUAUUGGCCUCCUCCCCUUUAAUAGAUGGCUUUUGGCAGAUUCUUGAUUCUAGAGAGAGAAGUAGAAGCUUGGAGAAGAAUAGGAGGAGAAGAAGUGGAGGAGAGCUUUGGAGGAGGACUUCCAUGAAUUAAAGACCAUUUCUUCAUGAUUUCUUCCCCUCUUUGUAUGUAUUUUCUCCCCCCCCCCCCCCCCCCCACCCCCUCUUUCAUGGGGCAAUCUCCCAUGGUACUAGGGGCUAAAAAUCCCACACGCUAGAUUAGGUUAGUAAUGUAGAUGAAUGUAUUAUGUUAGGGUUUAUGAAUGGAUGUGUUUGUUCUAGUGAUUAUAUGCUUCAUUUAUGCUUAAGUAUGCUUGGGUUAGUCGUCCUACUCUUCUCUACUAGCAUAUGAUGAGCCAAUGUUGGGUAGGACUUUUAGAGUUAGACCGGGUAGCGCUAACUGGCAAAUUAUGGGUAGAUGAAUAAUCUUGGGUCUUGUAGUGGACGAGGCGAUCGUACCCCUGCUACAAGAAUGCCUUCCUAGAAGAUGCUUUAGAGGAACCCAAGUGUGUAUUGAUCCAUCUCUUUAGUUUGCACGAUAGGUAAAACCUAUUGAAAUUAGCUAAAUUCAUAAUGCCCCCAGAUACGUGAGCCUUGACUGAGGUGACAAUGGGUCUUGGGGGGACAUACUCGGAAGACUGGGAUGACGACAAAGGCCCACAAGAUUAGGGAGAUCACACAUCAUAUCCGAUAAACCCAACAUAGUUAGUCAUUUGCAUGUUAGACAUAAACUAGGGCGAGAGAGUUACCUCACGUACCUCUUCUUAUCUAUCAAUCUUUAGUUUAGGAAUCGCCAACUGCCCACCUGCUAAGUAAUUGGCUGACUAGACAAUGACCGAGCCUAAGUAGCCUAGGAUACCAUUACAUUUGGAAUACAACCAAGCCACUUUACUACAUCCCUAGCUUGGUUAUACUUGGCCUACUUAGUAGUGACUAGUGAGUGUGCAUCAACUUAUAUAUUUAAAGCUCGAUCACAACGCGACUGAUGGGCAGCGCAUCAACACUUAAUGGAUAAGCUAUGGUAAUGGGUAUCUGUAUAAGAUAAGAUUCGAUGGAGUUCAAUAGGUGCCAAGUAGAUGCAUAAAGAGGUGUAUUGGGAUCUUGGGGGAGAUGAAUAAAAAUGAUCAGAUUGUGUGCCUUGUUUGACAUUGAUGUGCCUGGGAUUCCGUUCAGAGUCGGCUAGAAGCCUUUCAAAGGUUGGGUAUCCUAAUUGUCCCUCCACAUGGACCAAUGUACAAUAUUAAUGUUAAAACCACCAUGAGGAUAUGCGGUCAUUGUGAAAGGGUGGUAUGGAUGGAUUUUUUUUUUGGAAGUGUGGUAUUUUUAGAAUUAUUUAGUUUUUGGGUGGUAUAUUGGGAAAUAAUCCUUCAAUCGAAGGGGAAAGGAUGAGGGGAGAGAAUGAGAAGAAGAAGGAACAAAAAGUUUUAUUACGGGAUAAUUCAUGGUUUUUCUAUCGAUCUAUAAUGUGUCUCUGCAUAAUGAAGAAGGAAUUGUGUGUUCUUUCCCUUUUUUUUUGUUUCAUUUUGUUUCCCUUUUUCCCCCCUUAAUAUUCUACUUAUUCUGACUGGCGAUUGUUUUAGGUAGCUAGAAUUUGAGAACUACGAUUGGGCCUUGAAUGGGCCUAAGAGACUAGCCCAUUAACAAAAGUGGUAUAAAAUUCUUUUUUUAUUGGCAAACUUUUAAAUGUUUAAUAUCAGUUAAACGAAUAAAAUGGAAACCGCUUACUAUACUGGUCCAUAAUUUGGUUUGGUUAUAACAACAUUGGGUAGAAGGAAAGAAAGCCAAAUGCAUAUGACCCCUACUUGCCCGUCAGAAACAUCAAUUUUUUUAAGUUUCUCCAACCCAAAACAAUACAAAAAAUCAAUUAAGAUUGUUGGAAAAGUGACUAAAAGAACCGUAAAGAGUGAUUGUACCUCCUACCUAUAUUGAGAACCUAAGUUCUUGCCUUGCUUUUAUCUCCCCUCACAUAAGAAUAUUUCAUUUUGGAUUUGAUGAGUGAGUUAAGCAUGGUCAUGAAGAGUUGGGACAUCUCUAGUCACCUGUGAUCUGCCUCCGAAGAUUCACAACGAGUGGAGAGGUAUAGGAUUUUUGAGUUGCACGUUUUAAUCACAUGUUUGCUUAGAGACAAGCAAACACAUAAAUGUGAGAGGAGUUGAUAACACCAAAAAUAGGUCAUAAGAUGAAGAAAAGGAGUUCAUAGGUACAUGAAGAGAUCACGACCGUGAUUUCCAACUUGUGAUAUUCGAGUUCACAGUUGAGAUCUUUAUGCCCAAGUCGUGAACCCUAACAACAAGAAGAGUUGCAGGAACAAAAGGUCUCACAGCCGGACUUGCAUUCGCUCGAAAGAGACUGCGACCUAGGAGUUCACAACUCAAGAAAAUAUCACGGCAAUAACCUAUAUGUCAUGAUCUCCAAAGACUCAGGGCAUAAUGGCGUCACUCUAAGAUAACAUGACCUGUAUCAAGUUCACGACUGUGAACUUUAGCGAAUCUCGGCUAUAAAUCCAGUGAAUCUUAGGCUCAACUAUGAACUUGUAUGGAUUCCAUUACCUAAAAUUAGAGGUCGAACCCAAGGGAAAAUAGAGCAAAUUUUGAAACACAAAGCAUAUAGAAAGAGAAAAGAGUUGAUAGUUGUCUUUGAAGAGCAUCUAGGAGCAAUUGACUUCAAGUUGAUGAUUACUUCUCUAUUUUUCUGUGUAUCCCCCUAACAUUGGGAUAACAUCUUAGGCAUUUAGGGUGAGAACCCCUAACCUAGAUUAGGAUUCUUAUUAAUGGAAUGAUUUAGUUAUAAUUAUAUAAUGAUUUCUUGCCUAUAUGAUGUGCUUCAUUCUUGAUCCAUAUGUUGUUUGCAUGUGGGUAAUGACCUAGAGGUUUGACCAAAUGUAGGUGGCCAUCCACUUAGGUCAAGUAGGGGAUACUAUAAAAUAUUGCAAUUUAG